UGCCGCAACAUUGCUUGAUGUUUUGCUUAGCGUCACCACCGGUUGAUACUUAUUGCACACGACAGUCGAAAAGCAUUCCUGGUGGAGCCGAUACCACACCCACAAGGAAAUAGAGCCAAAACUAUGGAUCGUUAUCUUUCCGGCGGCAUGACCACCGCAGUCACGCCUCCAGUCGUUCUGGACGACGCAUUAUCGUCGAACCAAAAGAACCCUUACACUGGCACUUCCUCCUCUUCGAGCAGCAGUUCCUCCUCCCGAAUACGCAACACAAAUUCCACCCCUCGCCCAGCCUCCGCAAAAGCGGCCGACUUCUACUGCGUCGAGUACGAAAUCGGGUCUAAUUGCUACGGUGGAAAGGUCUUCGCCGUUUCGGCGAAAGAACAGGAUGAUGGAAGUAAUGCCGUCGUGACCGCCGCGGGUUGUAAGAGGUUUAUUCUGAAGACCGUGCCGUUUACUAUUGCCUCUCCGGCAAAAACUGUCCGAGAACAACUACACUUACCAGAGAAAAUAAACGAAAAGCCGGUAGACCUGCUUGAAGAAGCCGGUGGCUCAUCCUCCUCCACCAGCCGCAGCACUGCGACGGGGACUACGCCACGAGACGGUGGUCAACAUCCUCAGGGGCAUUGUGCAUCGCAAAAUAUCAAACUGCACGACCCUCAUCCGCACCUGGUCACGCUGAUAGAGAAGUUUGAGAACAAACUCCAGCGGCAACACGAAUACAUCUACGAAGACUGUGAGGGUGGGGAAUUAUCGGACUUCAUCCACAAACUCACGUCAAAGUCCAAAAACAACAACUGCCUGCACGAGCAAACCUGCGCACUGUACGUGCGGCAGUUGUUACAAGCAGUCGCGGCGUUGAGAUCAUCAUCUUUACCGGGAGAGGAGCAGGGGGAGGGAUCUUCUUCACAUGAGGACAGCUACAGCACUUCUGUCCACGGUUUAAUCUCCCCAUCCACGGUGCUCCUCACCUCGAAACUCCCUGACGCGGUUGUGAAGCUAGCAGAUUUGGGGCUCGGACGAAGACUAGUAGUAAAGCCGGAUGAUCAACAUCUUCAUCCACAUACUGGUCCCACCUACGCAGCGGAAAGAAACACCACGAGCAUCGUCAAAGCAAACUUCACGCACGAGGAAUUUACCUGCCUUUCGCCACAGCAACGAGAAUUGAUGAGGGUUUACGGAGGCGGCCCCAGUGACCUCGUAAAAGAGAUCCCACACCAGCCGGAGGACGACGUCUGGGGCAUCGGCAUGGUCGCGUACUUCAUGCUGGCCGGGAGGCUACCGGUGAAUUAUUUUACCGAGAUGAACAACGAUAAUAGCGACAAGCUUGUUGACUUCGAUAACAUGUACAUGUUCGGACAAGAACGAGAACCACCAGUCUACGAUCCGAGCGCGAGCCGUACAAAUAAUAUCCCGGAAGUAGUAGUAGUAGAUUACAGCAGGUGGCCGAAAGCAGGACCCCGGUUCUACGCAGACGAUCCGGUAGAAAAUUGGGAGCACAGAACAAUGACCAGCAGGGACUUCCUUCGCAAAAUGCUCGAGCCCGAUCCGAAGAAGCGACUGACCAUCGCGGAAGCUUUGAACCACGAGUGGAUUUUUGAGAAGGGACGGGAGUAUUUCAACCCGAGUAUGGUCGUCGGUGGUCCGAGCACGAGCGCGGCAGCGGGAGAGAAAAAGAACAAGCAGCUGCAGAAUAUCAACUUCGCGAAACUCCGCGCGAUGUCCUUCGCAUCCUAUCGCGAUUACGAAGUGGGGUUAGUCACUUGCGGCAUCAUUCUUGCGCUGAGCAAGAUCUCCCCUUCAGUUUUUGACGAAGUGCGGCGGAGCUUUUUGGGGAUGUGUGAGGAAAGUUGGAAUGCGCGAAACUACAGUGGCGGCGCCGGGGGAGGGAUGAAUCGAGCUGCAGCAAUUAUUGGCAAAAAUGGAACCAGCAACACAAAUUCUACUUCGUGUUCGUCCACAAAUAAUAAUGGCAACUUUCAGGGGUACUUGACCGCAAGGAAGGCUGCGGAGUUGCUGAAAAGCCGGCUGAUUCCUGCUUUCAAACUGGAGCAAGGUACUAGCAGUGCUACGACAGGAGCUUUCAACAGCUUCUACCAGAAUAGCAGCGACGGCGAAGGUAUCAAAUGCAAAAAUGUCUGGGUCUGGAAGAUUUCUACAUUUGUCAUGCUCAUUUUCCAUGAUCCAUGAUGUCUGUGAUGCAUGCCGUAGCAUCACAGAUUUUUCGACGGCUUUCUGAUACCUCUACUGCAUGAGAAAUGCCCUCUCCGCGUAGCACAAACUGAAGUCCUCUACUUGCUGGCCAUGCAAUACAAAUUCUUUUACAAUCCAGAGACAGCAUCACAAGUUUAGAAUGUUCCAGACCCAGACAUAUCUGCAUUUGAUAGAACGGGGGAGUGAGGCGGUGCAGCGUGGGGAGCAAAGUACUUGCUGUUGCGUUAAAAGUAAUAUAAAUAUAUAUAAUUGAUUUGUGUUUUGGCAUGACAAAUUCGUUAUCAGCUGCAACAAUGACAUGACAAAUUUACGCCGAUCAUAUUACCAAAACAGUUCUCGCCUUCCUGCAUUCCCUUUCCUCCACUACCGUCGUCGACAGUACGGAGUUACUUAUCACAGGAAAAAGUCUUAACGUUUAAAAGAAUUUGGCAUGCAGGAAUGCACGAGAAAUGAUGCCUAGAUUUGUAUUGCAUAGCAUGCAUGAUAGCAAAAAUUUGUCAUGCACAACUGCAAUGCCUCUGCCUCAAAACCGUUAACGUUAACACUUUUUUGCUUGAUGUUACUCGCCGCUUUGGCCAUCUGGUGCACGGAAGACAUGCGGGCGGAGGAGAUAUCGUAAGAAAAAAUCCCCCCUCCCCAUAUCGAAAAGGCAUCCUUUUGAAAAUUUGUGAUGCUGAUUUGUGGUUACAGAUCAGGUCUGUCUUGCAAGAGAGCAAAGCCAGAGCUUCCGCCGCUUUACGCAGGCGGUUUGUCAUGCUGCUGCGCCAACAAGGUAGACGUCUGCCAUGCUGAGCGCGCACCUCUAGCCAGCCCCUUCCAGGCUUUGCAUCUGCCUGCAGUCCUCUACUGCAGGACAAAGCUGAUUUGUGUACACAAAUCCCGCAACAGAGAUUGCCAUUUUGAUAUGGGGUGGGGGCUUUUUUCACUUUGAUAGGAGAUCGACUUCAAUCUGAUCGACGUGCCAGUGUUGUUCGAACGAGUAGCGAAAAUCGCCUUUCUGGAAUUGAGGAAAAGUGCCAGCAAUGCUGGAAGCAAGCCAUUUGCGCUGCCAACCGCGAUCUACGCUAGUACCGCAGACGAGGAGCUGGGGAUCAGGGUAAUUUUUUGUGUUGUCUAAAUUUAAGUAGAAUGCGUUUUGUGUUGCAGAAUCGGAUAUACGACCAUGGGAGAGCAGUCACCACGAGUACGCAACAUUUUUUUCCAACAUUAAGCCAUGUUGACACUACAUGAUGUCAGAUUCCCAUCCGCGCCCUGGUAGACAAGCGUAGCAAGGGAAACGUUGGGCGCCAGUUUUCCCGCUACUGUAUGGCGUUCUCAACUGUUAUACUCUCAACUGUUGCGCGAAUUUGUAAUGCGAGAAUAGCGGAAGUCAAAGAGGGGAGGCUGCAGCUGGAGCAUUACAAAUUCGACACAGUUGUAGGUGCUGUUUAGGCCUUCGCAAAUUUGCCAUGCGAAGCAGCUACAUCGUGUGGAUCAUGAUGGUAUUUUUGCAUGACAAAUUCAUGUAACAGUUGAGAGUGUAACAGUUGAGAACGCCAUACACUGCCGCUUGAACUUCGAUGUCUUCGUCAAGGAAUUUCCAAAACGGGAGCUACAUUUCAAGGAAUUCUGUCAUGCGGUUUUGAAGCACGGGGGAAGCGGGAGAACGGUGUUUGCCUACAAAAAUGGAAGGGAGGCGAAGAAAUAUGACCCGUAUAAUUUUUGAGAAGUUGCUCUGCUACUAGUACUAAGUCGAUGACUUUUGAAUUUGAUCUUGAUGUCAGGAGUUUUGCAUCAGAAAAGAACUUCCCUCGUGCUUGAAGUAGAACUGCAACGGGCAUGGCAAAUCCGAUUUGUCAACAUUACAUACACGCCGGCAAUAAAAACAGGUACGCCACCUACGAUCUGGAUGGUUCCACUUUGAUCUCCUCUGUCCGCCAGUUCUUCGCCAGGAACGGCCCGAAAGAGAUUUUAAACAACGCGCUGAACUUCGACUUUUCCACCAACAUUACCAACUGCGCCACAAUGACGGUUGCGGCCAAGAAUAAACUGACGCACUUUGUGGAAAACAGUGACUUAUGCAUUGCAAAAGUAUCGUACUAGUUGUAUAAAUCGCAUGACAAAUUUUUCCAAGAGCAAAAAUGGAAUUUGUCAUGCGGAAAAAGGUAGACCUAGACACAGAUAUCUGUCAUGCAUGACUGCAAUUAGUACGAGUGCGAUGCUUUAUUUGCAAAGGAUAUGACUUUUUCAAUGAAGACGAAGAAUUCUCGCCGGUACGGGCUGCGAGAGUGGGCAGUGACGAGUUUGUCGAGGGUGCUGGGGAUCGUGUUGCUGCUUCAUCUUCUAGCAGUGCGAGUGCAUCCGUGUCUGUAAACCACGAGGACACGAUCUACUCGACGGUCGCCGGAGGAUCACCGGCGAAGCUGUCGCCGAUGCUGUACAGCAAUUCGGGUCCGGCGGGGGGAAGGUUGUCGUGAAGCUGACGAUGCCAUCGGCCAAAGAUUUCAACUUCUCCGAGUUUAAGGUCCUCACUACUGCUACGGACUUACCACACGAACGAUAUACUUCGCGCAGCCACUGUGAAUUUCAAUUUCGCAUCAAAACACCACGAGAGAACUCAAUGUCAAAGGAAAUGAAGAGGCAGAACCGACGCAAAAAAAAACGACACUGAAAGUAACUGUUGGGGAUAUUGGUACAGG